AUGGAUAUCAAUGACACGGUCGUACAUCGCAUCUUGGUCGACACGGGAAGCUCGGUUAAUGUGAUGUACUACGACGCUUUCACCAAGUUAGGGCUACCUAAGAGGCCAGCUCAAAGAGAAGGGUCGGUGACCCUGCCCGUGGAAAUAGGCACGAGCCCCAACAUUCGCAAGCUGGACAUGGAGUUCAUCGUGGUAAGACUCACCUGUGCGCACAACAUCAUACUCGGGAGGCCAGCACUGGAGGACCUCAAGGCCAUAGUAUCAGUGGAACACUUGCGUAUGAAGUUCCCCACUCUGAAUGGAAUAGGAGUCGUCAGAUGUGACCGACGGGAAGCCCGCAGUUGUUACGUGAAGGCAUGCAAGAAGAUUGGCAGUAAGGACCUACAGGUCCACACGAUCGCGGAGAAAAUUUUCAAAGAAGAAGAGGCCUGGCCCCGCGCCGAGCCCGUGUCAGAGGCAGAAGAUAUAGUUCUGGAUCCCUCUAGACCAGACUGA